AAAUAAAAGUAAAGUAUUUAAAAUAGUAAAAGCUGAAGGAAAAGGAGCACACAAACUGAAACCGAAAUACAAGAGGACCCGUCUGAACCAAUAACAGCCGCCUGCACGUGACACACAAAUAAACAGAUCGUCUGUAAACACACAGCACAUGAACUUCACUUAGUGGGGACAUUUGUCAGCUUUUUUUUCUCUGAAUGAGCAAAUCAGAGGUCCUCUCCCUGCUCUCCUAUUGGCUGACAGACUCACUUUAUGAAGGACCGCGGGGUCGAUGCCACUUCACAGACUGCAAACAUCAGACCAGCAGACAUGAUAACAAUCCCAGAUCUGAUCAGGAAGAAGAGGGAUGGAGGACAGUUAAGUGAUGACGAGAUCAAAGCCUUCAUCCAGGCCAUUAAAGAGAAAACCAUUCAGGACUCUCAGACAGGGGCCAUGCUGAUGGCUAUUUGGCUGAAUGGGAUGGUCUCCGCGGAGAUUAAGGCCCUGACCCGAGAGAUGAUGUCAUCGGGAGAAGUGAUGGAAUGGCCCGAUGAGUGGAAAAAUUUGAUAGUGGACAAACACUCGACUGGCGGGGUGGGAGACAAAGUCAGUCUGGUGUUAGCGCCAGCGCUAGCUGCCUGCGGCUGUAAGGUUCCUAUGAUCAGUGGGCGGGGCUUGGCUCAUACAGGAGGAACUCUGGAUAAACUGGAAUCAAUUCCAGCAUUCAAGGUGGAGCAAUCAAGAGAGCAGAUCCUGGAGAUCCUGGACUCAGUGGGCUGUUGCAUUGUGGGUCAGACAGAGACUUUGGUUCCUGCAGAUCGAGUCCUGUACGCUCUGCGAGACAUCACAAGCACUGUGGACAGUGUACCUCUCAUUACUGGUUCGAUUAUCUCAAAGAAAGGAGCCGAAUCUCUGUCUGCUUUGGUGCUGGAUGUCAAGUUUGGACGAGCUGCUAUGUGCAAAGACCUGGAAAGUGCUACAGAACUAGCGCAGAUGCUAGUGGAAGCAGGAAACGGCCUGGGCAUACGUACAGCAGCCGUGCUCAGCAGCAUGAACAGUACGAUCGGUCGAUGUGUGGGAAACAGCGUGGAGGUGAUCGAAUCUCUGGAGACGCUGAAGGGAAAUGGACCCGAUGACCUGAUGGAGCUGGUCACGACUCAGGGCGGCUUGUUGCUCGUGAUGACUGGUCUGGUGUCUGACCUAUCAGAAGGCAGAAAGCAGAUUUCCGAAGCUGUGGUUGGUGGAGCAGCGCUGUCAAAGUUCCAGGCCAUGAUGGAGGCUCAGGGCGUGAACAGCGACACAGCUCAGCGGUUGUGCUCCACCAACGCAGAUUACUACAGCAUCCUGAGAAAAGCGAAGCAUCAGCUGGAACUGAAGGCUCCUGCGGACGGUAUCGUUUUGGAGAUUGACGGUUUGGUUUUAGCUCAGGUGCUUCACAGAUUGGGUGCGGGGCGAUCAAAUGCUGGAGAGCCUGUCAAUCACAGCGUGGGGGCGGUGCUACUGGUGUCUAUAGGUCAGAGGGUCACAAAAGGCGUCUCGUGGCUGCGGCUCCAUUAUGAGGAUCUGGCGCUGACCCCAGACCAGAGGAAUCACCUGGAGAGCGCCCUGACUGUGGGAGCAGACAAAAAAAUACAAACACAACAGAAACGCACUUUGGUGGAAAAGAUACUACCUGAGAAAUACGCAUAUUAAUACUUUUAAGUUGUAGAGUUUAAUCUGCCUGUAGGAACAAUGUGAAUACUGCUCCCAUGACCUCACCGGUCCGUCCAUCUCUGAUGCUGCCACUUCCUGCUGAUUAAAAGAUCAGCUCCGUGCUCACAACUGCUCAUCCUUAAACUUGUUACCUCAGUUUAUCUGGUCUUCAGGUGAUUUUAUCCAGCUGUUUUUAACCAUUAAGCUUUCCUCACCAUGGCCCUCACGUAAAACUUCAGUAUUUAUCGAUCUGUCACUUCACUGAUAUCAGUGUUACUCACACCUUUAGUGUUCGCACCAUCUUUUCACCAUCUAUUUCCUCCUCGCUCUCAGAUGUGCGACUGAUGUAAGGAUUCAUUUAGAAUUGUCAUUUUAUUGCUGGCUCUGCAGAUCGUUUAAAUAAAA